AUGACACAUGCCUUAACUUCAAAUGAAUGUUUAUCUACCACAGAAGAAAGUGAGUCCUGUGUUGCCCAACCCACACCCCGCACACCAGGAAAAGAAUCCAUAUUUCAUGGCAACAUACAAAGGGAAAGCCUUCCCCCUCUGGAGAAGCCCAAGGCAUCAGUGGUGCCUACAGCUAAUGGUGUUGUAUCCCGUGAACGGCCCCUGGCAAAGGAGGUAGCCCCUGAAAAGGAUGCCAUAGGCCAGAUAGGACCUACAGAGAAGACUCAGCCUCUCCAAGGACCUGCGGAAUCUGAGGCACCUCAUCUAGGUGGCAGAGAUGAUACCCCAGGAGCAAAAGAAAAGAAGAAAGAUGUGGAAACAAUGACAGAAGUUCAGGCUGUAAAAGGAAAUGCUCAGACUGAACUUUCAGAAGUCAAGGAUCCAUCUUCAGGGACAGCAGGAGAGAGGAACUCCUCUGGAACAAGGGAAGAUGCUGAGAAUCCACCAACUGUUGCAGUGAUGCAACCUCCAGGAACAAUGGAGAACAUUCAGCCUCUGGAAACAGAUGGAGAGCUGCAGCCUCCAGAAGCAACGGGAAAAGAUGAACAGUCCCAAUUUCUAGAAGCAAUUCCCAAAGAGAACAAAUCUCCAGAAAUGUUGGAAGGAAGUCAGUUUGUGGAAACUAAUGAAGAACAGAAAUUUCAAGAAACAGUGGGAAACGAGGAGCAAUCCCAGCUUCUAGAAACAAUUUCCAAAGAGAAUUUAACAUCAGAAAUAUUGUACAGAAGUCAGUCUGUGCAAACUCCUGUAAUGAACGACUUACUCCACACAACUUCUGAAGGUCCUGAAAACAUGGAGCAGAUUCAACCUGAAAGAAUAGUUGGAAGCAUGGAGCAACCAGAAGGAAUUCCAGAGACAGCGGCAAAUGUGGAAAUGGAUGGAAAAAUUCACACUAACCAAGCAGACCAACACACUGAAGGUGAGACAGGAGAAAAGGUGGAAACAGAGAUGGAGAAUGAGAAUGUAAGUGAAAGGGCUGAAACAAAAGAAGAAGAAACAGGAGAAGCCGUGGAUCUUUCAGCACACAGAGCUGGGGAUGGCGACAGAAGGGCAUUUAGCUCCUUUAAUGGUACUCUACACUUCUGUUGA